AUGACUUCUCAUGAAAAAAAUCAGAAGCAAUAUCGUUUCGAAACACUUCAACUUCAUGCUGGCCAUACCCCAGAUUCAGCAACUCGGGCUAGAGCAGUCCCAAUUUACGCUAGCGCCUCUUAUGUGUUCAAGAAUACAACCCACGCUAAAAAUGUUUUUAGCAUGGCUGAAGAGGCGUUUGCUUAUAGUAGAAUGUCAAAUCCGACAAUGAAGGUAUUUGAAAACAGAAUCGCUGCUUUAGAAGGAGGUACUGGUGCCCUUGCCACAUCUUCAGGUCAAGCCGCUCAAUUUAUCACAAUUGCUACAAUUUGUGCUACGGGUGACAAUAUCAUAUCUUCGAGCUAUCUUUAUGGAAUCAAUGUAAAAUUUGUACAUGGCGAUGAUCCGCAAGAUUUUGUCAAAGCGAUUGAUGAAAAUACUAAAGCUAUUUAUGUUGAAUCCAUGGGUAAUCCAGCAUUUAAUGUUCCUGAUUUCGAGGCGAUUGCGAAAGUGGCCCAUGAUGCGGGUAUCCCUUUAAUUGUUGAUAAUACAUUUGGUGCUGCCGGUUAUUUAAUACAACCAAUUAAAUACGGUGCAGACAUUGUAGUUCAUAGCGCAACAAAGUGGAUUGGUGGCCAUGGAACAACUAUAGGUGGUGUAAUAGUCGACAGUGGUAAGUUCCCUUGGAAUAACGGUAAAUUCCCAUCUUUUACCGAACCAGCUCCUGGAUACCAUGGUUUGCGAUUCUGGGAAGCAUGCGGAUAUCACUCCUUCAUUGUUAAAGCACGUGCGGAAAUCAUGCGUGACAUAGGUGCAUGUCAAAAUCCAUUUGGUGCUUUUCUUCUUUUAGAAGGUAUUGAAACUUUAUCAUUAAGAGUUGAAAGACAAGCAGAAAAUUCUUUGAAAUUAGCAAGAUGGUUAGAAACUUUGACAGAUGUUGUAAACUGGGUUUCGUAUCCGGGACUUGAGUCCCAUCCAUCUCAUACGAAUGCUAAAAAGUAUAUGAGAAAUGGUUUUGGAUGUGUGCUAUGUUUUGGUGUUAAAGGUGGUGAUAAGGCUGGAUGUUUAUUCAUAGAUUCGUUAAAGCUUGUCAGUUAUCUGGCUAACUUAGGUGAUGCAAAAACCUUGGUAAUAAAUCCCGCGCAAACAACUCAUCUCCAACUUACCGAUGAAGAACAAAUAUCAUCAGGUGUUACUAAAGAUAUGAUACGUGUUUCUGUUGGAUAUGAACAUAUUGAUGAUAUUAUAGCUGAUUUCACGCUUGCAUUCGAUAAAAUUAGAAAAGCUAACAAUAAAAUGUAA